CGCACCCGCUGCAGCUGCGCAGCCGCCGCAGCGUCAAGCACAGCAGCUCCAGGCCGCUCGGCUGCUCUCACCCCACCACAUCCCCCCCGCACACGCCCUCUCACGCCCGCCCGCCCGCGCCGCCUCGCUCGCCGCCGCGCAUCCUGUGCGGCACACAUCGCCGCCUCCUCGAGCCUGCGGCCGCACCCCUCGCGGCAGCAGUCCGUGCCGCUGCGCCCCGCGCGCCGCGCACGCUCGACUGCUGCGUGACGGCGUCUUGCGCAGCGAGCAGCACCCGCAGCACCCGGGCAUGAUCAAGGUCGCAGCGCCCGCAGCGAGCGCCAGUGCCUCGCCUCGAGGCGCCGCAGCUGCGCCCGUGUCGCGCAGCAUGGACGCUGCGCCCGCACACCCCGCGGCGGCGGCUGAGGCGGCGCCGAGCCGCACCUUCAGCGGGCCGCCCAAGCCGGAGGUCACUGCGAGCGGCCACAUCAUCGUGUACGAUGCGCUGGGCCAGCCAAUCAAGCGCAAGAGGCCACAGAGCUGUGACGCCUGCCGCACGCGCAAGAUCAAGUGUGUGCGCCUGCAGAUCGAGGGCCUCGAGAACUCCAAGGACCAGCGCUGCGUGCAGUGUCGCGCCAUCGAUGCGCAGUGCCGCUUCGACUACAUCCCCAAGCGGCCCGGCCCGCAGAGCUCCAUCGCCAAGACGAUGAAGCGAGAGGCCGAAAAGGCGGCAGCAGCGGCGGCCGCGAAGAAGGCAGGAGCCGCCGGUGCCGAUCCCAGCGCGGCAGCUAAGCAGGAGCCCGCCGACGUGGCGAUGGAGGGCAUGACUGCGCGUCGCGAGGGCUCCUCCAGCAGUGCCGCACCCAGCGCGCCCGCCGAUGAGGCCUCGGCGAUCGCCGGGCCUUCACGCCUGCCAGCGGGAGGCAGCGCGAACGCUCCGGGCUUCGGCAUGCCUCCGACCUCCGGCUCAGAGCUGCGUCCGGGCCUCAUCGUGCCGGGACAGUCGUGGGACUUUAUGUCUGGCGCAGCGCCUGGCGCACUGCCGAGCUGGUCGGCUGCUGCGGACGCGACGAUGGCCUUCGACGGCUACACCACGCCAGCGACGUCUGCCUUCUUCGUUAGCUCGCACGAGGGGCCAUCCUCGGGCGCAGCGUCGCCUCGCCCUCACAAGCGCGCGCGGCACCUGGGCAAAGUCUUCGCUGCGCCCAUCGAGCGUCCGCGCUGCCUCGAGGAUGUGGCGCCGCGGCAGACGUUCCUCACCGUCAUCGCGCUGUACUACCAGAACCUCUGGCCGAUCAUGCCGAUCGUACAUCGCCCGACGUUCUCGUUCGACCUCGUCAAUCGGCGCGACGCCGAGGACGAGACGUUUCUCGCAUUCGUGCUCAGCCUCACCGCGUAUACCCUGGUGCAAGCGCCGCGCUCCGUCAUCCCGGCGCCCUGGUCCUUCUACCGCAAGCUUCACCGCAUCUGCCACCUGACGAGCCGGCGCAUGCAGCCGCGCACGUACGAUCCGCCGCGCCUGCUCCACAUUACCACGCUGUACUGCGACCACAUAUACCUUAGCAGCGUGGGCUCACAGCCGGCCGCCAAUGCUGUGCUCGGCGAGGCGAUCCGCGUCUCAUUCACACUGGGCAUCAACGAUAUGCGCCGCUGGGUGCCGACAGACGGCACCGAAGGGCCCGACCUCAUCGAGCGAGAGCUGCGCGCUCGCGUCUACUUCCUGCUCUACGGCUCCGACAAGACGCUCGCGAUCCUGCAGGAUGCGCAGCCGAUCGGCCUGCGUGACGACGAUAGCUGGGUUGCGCUGCCCACGGCCUGCAAGGAGGAUCUCCUCACUGCGCAUGCGCUGCUGCCACAGACGAAUCCUGAGCGCGGCCCGCCAUUGCUCAGUGGCUUUGUCGCUGUGAGCAAGCUGUACCUCGUGCUCUCCGAGCACAUCGAGUCGCUGCGCGCCGAUCGGCGACGGCCGCCGCAGAGCUGGCAAGCAACGCAGGAGCGCCUCGCACACAUCCAGCGCCUGAGCGCCAAGGUCAAGGCAUUGCAGGCAGAGUGGCCAGACGUCCUCAAGAGCUCGUCUGCUCCGCUCUCGCAGCAGAUGCAGAUGCAGCGCAACGGCAGCCGCAGCGACGAGCUGCCGCACUUUCCGCCGCCCGAGCAGCCGCGUGUGGCCGCGCUCAGCAGCGUCCCGAUCGGCCUGCCCUUCUCGCCGUGGCCGACGAACACCUUCGACGAGCGCGGCCUUCCCAAUCCGGACAUCACCUCGCAGCCGUCAUCCGGGCAAGGCAGCCCACGGAUGGGCCAUGCGCCAGCUCCGCUCGCCUUGCUGCCCGAGGACGCCUGGCCGUGCGAGCUCCCUGCUGGCCCUGCCCACCAUGGCAUCAGGCUAGGCCCGGCACCGAGUGCUGCCCAGCUCAGUCUGGCCACCAGCCAGGUCGAGGCAUUCCGGCCGACACCCGCAGAGGAACCCGAGGCGCCCGAGUCGCUGUCGCUGUGGGCGACGAUGCGCGCCAACAUUCUGAUCACGGUGUGCAUGAUCCGCUUCGUCUCGAGCGAGCGUGUCGAGUUCCUCGACAGCUUGCAGGCGCAGUUCAGCGGCGUCAAGCAGCAGAGCAGCAGCGCCGACGACUGGCAAGCCGCCUCGCGCGACAUGCUGGGCGCAUUCCACGGCAUUCCGCUCGAGAGCCUGGCUGCCAACGGCCAGUCCAUGAUCGCAAAACUUCUAUACCUGGUCUCUUCGCUCCUCAACCGCUCGUCGUCUGGCUCGCACGCCUACGACUACCUGAGCAACUUCCUCGAGACGCUCUCCCGCCUGACGUCAGACCGCGAGAAGGGCAACGAGGGCUCCGACGCGUCGGGCAGCGACGACGAGUACUCCGAGUACUGAUUGUGUGCAAUCGCAUGCAUCGUUUAGAUGGAGG